UUUCUGAAAUUUACGUGACAAAGGUACUAUUAAAUUAUCAACGUCAUUUAAAUCUAGUGGCCAUAAAAAAAAAUGUACUACUUAAAAAAAAUGUACUAUACUUUCAUAAAAAAAUGCUAUCAACCAAUAUUUAAAUUUUGUUUGUAACUAAAGUUCAGCUCUGUUCAUGACAAAGCCUCAUUGAAGGGAAAUGAAGCCCAAUACUCAGGCUUUCGCCACAGGCCCGCCGCACGUGACUUGUUUUCACCGCGCAACUGUCUCACGUGCCGCGCUUUCUGAGACUCAUCUUCCUCCGCCGAACCAAAAACUCCAACAAUUCCGGACCACCAAACGCCGCCGUAUAAACCUCUCCCUUAACCGCUCCAGUCGCAUAACUGCGGCUGUAAACGAUGACGUGACAGAAACUUCAGUUGAGCGCGGCGAGUCUAAAGAAUGGUCUCGAGCACGAAGCAACCGGCGAGGGGUUCUGAUGGCGCCGUUUCUAGCAGCGGGAGCUUCGUUUCUUCUCUCUGCGACGACGACGAGGGCGGCGGAGGAGGAGAAGGUGACGCCGGUGGAAGUAACGGCUGUGAAACCGGAGGAGGUGAAGAAGAUUGAAGAGGAAGUGAUAACUUCGAGGAUUUAUGAUGCGACGGCGAUAGGUGAACCGUUGGCGAUAGGGAAAGAGAAAGGGAAAGUGUGGGAGAAGAUGAUGAAUGCUAGAGUUGUUUAUUUGGGAGAAGCUGAACAAGUUCCGGUUCGAGAUGAUAAGGAAUUGGAGCUUGAGAUUGUGAAGAAUUUGCAUAAGCGUUGUGUUGAGAUUGAUAAGCGUUUAUCUUUGGCUAUUGAAGCUUUUCCCUCUGAUCUUCAAGAACCACUCAAUCAGUAUAUGGAUAAAAAGAUAAAUGGAGAAACCUUAAAGACUUAUACGGUGCAUUGGCCGCCUGAACGAUGGCAGGAGUAUGAACCUAUUCUUAGUUACUGUCGUGAAAAUGGAAUUCGUCUUAUUGCUUGCGGUACUCCACUGAAGAUCUUAAGGACUGUCCAAGCAGAAGGAAUUAGUGGGCUAACAAAGGCUGAACGUAAAUUAUAUACACCUCCAGCUGGUUCAGGCUUCAUAUCAGGCUUUAAUUCUAUGUCGCGUAGAUCUUCAGUUGAUAGUACUCCAAAUUUGUCAUUUCCUUUUGGUCCAAGCUCAUAUCUAUCUGCACAGGCUAGAGUAGUUGACGAGUAUACUAUGUCCCAGAUCAUCUUACAGAAUAUGUCUGAUGGAGGGGUAACCGGUAUGUUGAUAGUUGUAACUGGUGCAAGCCAUGUGACAUAUGGAUCUAGAGGAACUGGAGUUCCCGCAAGAAUUUCGAGAAAAUUACAAAAGAAAAAUCAAGUAGUUAUAUUACUUGACCCAGAACGACAGUUCAUUCGCCGUGAGGGAGAAGUUCCCGUUGCUGAUUUUUUGUGGUAUUCUGCUGCCCGACCCUGUAGCAGAAAUUGCUUUGACCGGGUUGAGAUUGCUCGGGUUAUGAAUGCUGCCGGUCAGAGGCGAGAUGCCCUCCCACAGGAUCUUCAAAAGGGAAUUGAUCUUGGUUUAGUAUCACCAGAGGUAUUGCAGAACUUCUUUGAUCUAGAGAAGUAUCCUUUGCUUUCAGAACUCACUCACCGUUUCCAGGGUUUCAGGGAAAGAUUGUUGGCCGAUCCCAAAUUCUUGCAUAGACUUGCCAUAGAAGAAGGAAUAUCAGUAACAACUACAUUAUUAGCACAGUAUCAAAAGCGGAAAGAAAACUUCUUUCAAGAGCUUGACUAUGUUAUUACGGAUACAGUCAGAGGAUCAGUUGUUGAUUUCUUUACAGUGUGGCUUCCUGCACCGACUUUAUCAUUCCUUUCCUAUGCUGAUGACAUGAAUUCUCCUGAUAACAUUAGCUCUCUAUUAGGACUUCUUGGCUCCAUCCCAGACAAUGCAUUUCAAAAAAAUCCAGUGGGGACAAAUUGGAAUCUCAAUCAUCGAAUUGCAUCAGUUGUAUUUGGUGGUCUAAAACUCGCUGGUGUUGGAUUUAUUUCAAGUAUUGGAGCUGUGGCUUCAUCAAAUUCACUGUUUGCAGUUCGUAAAUUCCUUAAUCCAGCAAUCGUCGCUAACCAACAGAUUGCAAGGUCACCAAUACUCAAAACAGCAGUUGUUUAUGCAUGUUUUCUUGGAAUAUCAGCAAAUCUCCGUUAUCAGAUAAUUGCUGGGGUAGUAGAGCAUCGGAUUUCUGAUCAGUUUGCUUCCCAAACAUUUCUUGUAAAUAUGCUAUCUUUUGUAUCACGGACAAUCAAUUCUUAUUGGGGAACGCAGCAAUGGAUUGACCUCGCACUCUCGACCGGAUUGCAAGUUAGAAAGACCGAGUUACCUGAGUUACCUACAUCAGAUUCUCCAAAUAGAAAGAUCGAGUUACCUGAGUUACCUACAUCAGAUUCUCCAAAUCAAGCUGUAAUCUUAUGCAAUGAAACAGAAGAAGCCAACAUCGAUGAGAUUAAAAGUGAAUGAGGUGAAAUUCCCCUUGUGACAUUUUUUUGUAAUUUGUAUAUUUUUUUUUCUUUCUUGAAGAGCUAGUAAAUAGGCACAAAGGAAUAGGGAUUGGGAUUUUUUUCAUGAUAACAAUACAAUUCCUUUCAUAGCUUAAUUGUAUACUUCUACUUUUUAUAUAUAUAUAUAUAUAUAUAUAUAUAUAUAUAUUCCCACAUCCCAAAUUCAUCAAUGUAAUAUAACGAGUAUUUAUUUAUUUUCAAUCCAAUAAAUAAAUUUUUUAUUAAUACUUU